AUGGGAGAUCUUAUGAAAAGACAAUCCAGCAUCCUAGAUUUAUCUGGAAAGAAAUUUUUGGAAUGGAAAGUGGAUGCCGUGAUGAAUUUGAAAGCUCAAGGGUUGGAGCACACUAUUAAAGAUAAUAAAAGUCCCUCUAUUCAAACAACUGAUACUACCACUUUUGCAAUGACGGUUGUAAAACCUGUUACUGAACACGAAAAGGCAAAAGCCUUAGUGUUACUAAGUCAUUUACAUGAAGGCAUUAAAAUUGAGUACAAGAUGGAUUUCAAAUUUGUAAUUGAUUACAAUUCAACCAUACAUGAGAUAGUAUCUAUAUUGAGAUACUGUGAUCAUCCAGUCACCGAUGAACAGAUGAUUGAAAAAACACUCACUACCUUUCAUGCAAGCAACAUACUAUUGCAAGAACAAUAUCAUGAAAGAGGUUUCAAAAGGUUUAAUGAAUUAACGAAUGUGUUGCUUGUUGCGAAACAAAAUAGUGAUCUUUUGUUGAAAAAUCAUAAUCUUAGACCAACUGGGUCUCUGGCCACUCAUCAUGAGGCAAAUGCAACAAGUUCUUAUCCACCUGAGAAGGGACAGUCAUCUGGAAGCCACAAACAAACUCCUUCAAAAGGAAAAGACACAUGUUACAGAUGUGGCAUGACUGGACAUUGGGGACGUACUUGUCGUACGGCCAAACAUUUGGUAGACCUUUACCAGGCUUCCGUAAAAGGCAGAGAGAAAAAUGCAGAAGCAAAUUAUGUUAAUGAAGAAAAUGUUCCAUGUUCAACCCUUGAUGUGUCCGAUUUCUUCAUGGACAAUGCUGAAAUUGGAAAUGAUUUCAUAUUUGGAGAAAAUUACAAUACUUAG